GAAAAUGUAAAAGCCAAAAUUCAAGACAAAGAAGGUAUUCCUCCUGAUCAACAAAGAUUGAUUUUUGCUGGAAAACAAUUGGAAGAUGGCCGUACUCUUUCCGAUUAUAAUAUUCAAAAAGAAUCUACACUUCAUCUUGUUUUGCGACUUCGUGGUGGAAUGCAAAUUUUCGUCAAGACUCUCACGGGUAAAACUAUUACUCUUGAAGUUGAAGCUUCCGAUACAAUUGAAAAUGUAAAAGCAAAAAUUCAAGACAAGGAAGGUAUUCCACCUGACCAACAGAGAUUGAUCUUUGCUGGAAAACAAUUAGAAGAUGGACGUACACUUUCCGAUUAUAAUAUUCAAAAAGAAUCGACUCUUCACCUUGUACUUCGUCUCCGAGGUGGUCGAUGAUUUCAUACAUUGAAUUUCGUUUUAAUAUGGAUAAUAUAUAAAAUAAAAAAAUAGAAAUAAAUUUUUUUACUUUUAUUCAUAAUAGUUGCUUAUGUAAUAUAAUUCUGUGAAUGAUACAUCCUGAUAAAUAAAUGGUAUUAUUAAAAAUAUA